AUGUGGGGAACCAUAAGUUCAGCUAUGCAAAGGCCAGAAAAUUUGUGUUUCGCCCGUCAUAUUUUCUUAUCAAACGAGAGCAAGGUGGCAAUUCCACAAUCCAAAGUGUUUUUGAGACUUUAUAUUUUUCUUUGGUUUCAAGAGGAAAAAAAAUGGAGAUUCGUGAAUACUAAUCCUCUUGAUCAUCAUCACAUCUUGAUUGAUCAAAGGGCAGUUUUUGCAAACGGAUCACUCUACUGGCUCACAGGAGAGGAAGAUGGAGAUCCAUCGACGACAACAAAACUCAUAGUUUUCGAUAUUCACACAGAGAUGUUUGAAAUCAUUCCAACACCAUCUUUUAUUACUCGUGAUGCCUCUGGUGACAAGAUUGGUGUAUGCAAUCUUGAUGGUCGUCUCUGCGUUUCUGAGUUGAAGGGAGAUUGCAAGCAAGAGUUUUGGUGGAGAGUUGAAGACAACACAUGGGAGAGGAUCUUCUCGGUUGAUUUGCAUUAUACUUCCACUUGGUUUGGUGGUGUCACCUCAAAGCCUCUCACACCUUUGACCAUUUCCAAGGACACCAACAAGGUCAUCCUCGCACUUACAUAUAGAGAUAGCCUCGUCGCCUUUGAUCUUGAUCCCAACUCUAUGGUUUAUCAUUUGUAUUUCCUUGGUUACUAUGGCUUAGUUGUUCCUUACUUUCAGUUUAUUAGCUCCAUUCAAACUUUAGUUGCGAUCAUCUUAAUAUUUGAAACUUUUGUUAUUGGAGUCUCUUUACUUAAAAAUUCCAUUCAAUUCAAUUUAUUAAUUCAAGUAAAAACAUAUAUGUGUUGUUGUUCAAAAUGCUUUGUUUCUAUGAAUUGUUAA